AUUUAAAAAUCAUAGUCUAUUAGUGAGAUAAAAAGUUAUGUUCAUUUGAGAGAGAGAAGAUAAACUGUUUGACAGCGUUUGAAAUACUGGACAAGACGUGUUGUUAGAGAGAGAUUAUGGGAGAAAGAGGUUAGUUGUUUUUGGUUGAACUUGUUGGAAGCAACAACAACAAACAACUUUGAAAUUCCAACACCCUAAGAGAAGAAACACCUUUGAAAAAAUUAAUAAAAACUUUUUAGAGAGAGAAACAUAAGAGACGUGAACCAAAGACUUUUUUUUCUUUUCAUUUUGCUUCUUCCUUCCUUCGUUAUCCAAUUACCAAUUUCAAUCUCUUUCUUUCUCUCUCUUCUCCUGUUUUUCUCUCUCUAACUUUCUCUCUCCUCAGAUCUCUUCCCUGUUUCUCACCCUUUUCCUUAAUCCUCUCGCCUCAAUCAUGUUUAACAAUUUUAAUCCGUGAAGUUUCGUUCUUUUUCAUUUUUUGUUUUAAUUUGUGUAGUUAGUGGAAUAGUUUAUUAUUUCAUUUGUUGAUAGACAAUAUAACAAAAAAAAAAUUGAUUUUGUGUUGAGGAAAAAUCCCAGUUUUUUUUUUUGUCUUCUUUGUCUUUUGUGGUGUUUUGGAAUAAAACCUGAAAAAAAGGAAAAAAAAUUGUUUUGUGGGUGGUUGUGAUCGAAAAUUUUAAGGUUUGUGUGUGAGAUUGUGGAUGGUGUAAAAGGGCGAAAAAGUUGAGGUGGUUGUGGAUUGAAAGAGGAGGGAAGUUGGGGAUUAUGAUUGAGGCUGAAUUUGAGGAAUCGCUGAUUAUUGUGUUGUGGGUUGGUGCUAUUUUGGUGUGUUUGGUGAUGGGGAUGAGGAAUGAUGCACAGAAGCAACAGGUUCUUCACCAGGGUAAUAAUGGUGGUGGCAGAACCAACGGUUUCAUUCCUAGUUCUUUUCGGGCUCUCUCUAGCUACCUUAGAAUUGUUUCAUCUGGUGCUUCCACCGUUGCACGCUCUGCUGCAUCCGUUGCUUCAUCGAUUGUGGAGAGGGAUGAUGAUCCUGAUCAUGAUCAGGUUAUCUGGGCUGGGUUUGACAAGUUAGAGGGUGAGGGUGAAGUUAUUCAGCAAGUACUUCUUCUAGGCUAUCGAUCUGGCUUCCAGGUUUGGCAUGUGGAUGAAUCAAAUAAUGUCCGAGACAUAGUGUCCAGACAUGAUGGUCCUGUUUCUUUUAUGCAAAUGGUACCUAAUCCAAUCGCAUCAAAGAAAUCAGAAGACAAGUAUGCAAACAGCCGCCAGCUGUUGGUAGUUUGUACGGAUGGGUUCUUUGCUGGAGGUAGCACUGUUCAGGAUGGGUUGACCACUCCUUACAAUGGAAGCGCUUCAAACUCGCACGACCAAAUGAAUGGAAACUAUUUGCCAACUACUGUUCAGUUUUAUUCUAUGAAAUCUCAAUCAUAUGUUCAUGUUCUGAAGUUUAGAACAGUUGUUUAUUCUGUGAGGUGUAGUCCUCGAAUAGUUGCUGUUGCUCAAUCCGCUCAAAUCCACUGUUUUGAUGCUACCACAUUAGAAAGGGAAUAUACCUUACUUACCAAUCCUAUAGUCAUGAGUUGCCCUGGUUCUGGAGGCAUAGGUUAUGGACCACUUGCGGUUGGUCCAAGAUGGCUGGCCUAUAGUGGAUGUCCUGUUGCAAUUUCCAAUUCAGGACAUGUUACUCCACAGCAUCUGACACCUUCUGCAAGCUUUCCUGGUUUUUCUUCUAAUGGGAGCUUAAUUGCACAUUAUGCCAAAGAGUCUAGCAAGCAUCUUGCUUCUGGGAUUGUGACCCUUGGAGAUAUGGGGUAUAAGAAACUUUCAAGAUACUGCUCUGAUAACAAUGGUUCAUUACAAUCAGCAAAUGCAGGCUCUAAGGGCAAUGGAACCAUUAAUGGCCAUUCAACAGAUGCAGAUAACAUUGGAAUGGUUAUUGUUAAAGAUAUUGUCUCAAAAAACGUUAUUGCCCAAUUCCGGGCCCACAAGAGUCCUAUUUCAGCAUUAUGCUUUGAUCCUAGUGGCACCAUAUUAGUGACAGCUUCCAUUCAGGGUCAUAAUAUAAAUGUUUUUAAGAUUAUGCCUGCACGUGAGAAUUUGUCAGCUUCUGAUACUGGGUCUUCUUAUAUUCAAUUGUACAGGCUGCAACGUGGCUUUACAAAUGCAGUUAUACAAGAUAUCAGUUUCAGUGAUGACAGCAAGUGGAUUAUGAUUAGUUCCUCAAGGGGCACUAGCCAUCUAUUUGCCAUAAAUCCUCAAGGAGGACACGUAAAUAUUCAGUCCUUUGAUGAUAAUUUUAUAGCAAAAAAUGGUGGAUUAGGCACUAACGCUAAUCACGCACUUGGCCAGUCUCAUAGUUCAGCCAUGCAAAUGCCUAAACAGCAGAGCCUGUUCGUGGCUGGUCCUCCCAUCACACUUUCUGUUGUAAGCCGAAUUAGGAAUGGAGCUAAUGGCUGGAGAGGCACCGUAAGUGGUGCUGCUGCAGCUGCUACUGGCAGGAAAACUGCCCUUUCUGGUGCUGUUGCUUCAUCUUUCCGUAACUAUAAACGUACUGAAGGGAAUUAUUCGAAGGCUAAGUAUAACUUGUUGGUCUUUUCGCCCACUGGUUCCAUGAUACAAUAUGCUCUGCGGGCGUUAACCAGUCAAGAUUCUGCUGUUGUUUCUGGAAUGAGCCCUGCUUAUGAAUCCAUUCCGCAGGAUGAUGCAAGACUAGUGGUUGAGGCUAUCCAUAAAUGGAAUAUAUGCCAGAGUCAUAGUCGGCGUGAGCGGGAUGAUAAUGUGGACAUAUAUGGUGAGAAUGGAAUUUCAGACACUAAGAAAAUAUAUCCAGAGGAUGUGGGGGAGGAGAAUGGCAUUGGACCGAAAAUCAAGAAUGCAGUCAUGAAAGUGAGUCCCUCUCUUGAGGAGCAGCAUCAUUUGUAUAUCUCAGAAGCUGAAUUGCAAAUGCAUCAAGUUCAGACUCCAUUGUGGGCGAAGCCAGAGAUAUAUUUUCAUGCAAUGUUACAAGAGUCUACCUUGAAGGAUGAUGAAGCUUCUUCAGGAGGUGAAUUUGAGAUUGAAAGGAUUCCAACUUGCAUGAUUGAAGCUAGACCAAAAAGCUUGGUUCCCAUUUUUGACUAUAUGCAGACCACAAAAUUACAGCAAACAAGGAUUCCUGCUAUGGAUGGCAAGGCAAGUGAACAACUGAUGCAUCGCAGUUUCCGGCCUGCCGAAAACAGCAAGAUUUCACCCAGGAAUAUUUUGGGAUCUCCUGAGUGUGUGACUAAUGCUGAUGAUGCUGCCACUGAAUUUAAAAGUGGGAUUGAAGGAACUGAGUGGGAUAAUCAUGUGGUAACAUCUGAAACCAUGGCCUUUGUAAAUAACAAUGAAACCCUUUAUCCAAAUAUUCAGCAUGAGAUUGUAAAUAAUAGAAGGGAGCACUUAAACACCGGGGCUCAUCUCAUGUUUGUAAAUAGUGACAGAAAGCCUGAAAAUGAAGAAUCAUUUUGAAGAAAUUGGAGAUGAAUUUGAUUGAAGGCAUGGAAAUAUUCUUUCAUUUCGCACUGGAGGCUUAAUUAACAUUGUUAAUAUAAUAUGGUUGGAGAGGUAGAGAAGCUCGAGGACUACGAUGCAAAAUUGUGGAUACUACAAUGGCUUUCUUUUUCUGUCGACACAUGUAUAUCAUCAAUAAUCAGUUUUAAUGUGUAAAUACUAGAAUCACUAUCUUCCCCUCUUCUUUUUAUUCUAUUAAUUAAAUUAAUUUCCCUA